GAUGAUGUUCUAAUCAAAGCAAAAGUCUCAAUUAGAGAAUAAAAUCCUUCGAAAAAAACAUCAUUUAUAAAGGAUCGUAUUUAACAGAUCGAUGCGCUAAUUUCUUAGGUAUGUACUAUAUUAUUCAAGCUUUUCGCGUUUUGCAAAGCUUUAUUUUGUAGUUGAUAAUUUCAUUUCAUUCGCAAAUUUAUAAACUGUCCAAUUUUAGGAUUUUUUUAAAUGCGCUCUGAAGAAAUGUUAGUUUAGUUUAGGUUUCCUCCUGUAAUAAUACCGGAUCAAUAAGAGACAAUCCUUACUGGACCUCUAGGGAGAACAGUUUAAAACUGAUAGAACUAUCCAGUAUAAAUAAAGUUAGUUUAGUUUAGUUUUCCCCCUGUAGUAACACUGGAUCAAUAAGAGAUGAUCCCUACUGGAACUCUAGGAAGAACAGUUUAGAAAUGACAGAACUACUCAGUAUAAAUAAAGUGAAUGCAAUGUACCUUAAUAGUGAAUCCUAUUUCAAACCAAUUAGAUUUUUGCAUCCUAUAUUUUUGUCCUAGGUUCACACCCGUCACAGAGAUGUCAGCUAAAUGCCUAUCCUUUGGUCCGCCAACAAAACACAUCUUACAAAGCAAUGGGCCGGACUCGGACUUGCAUAAAUUCUACAUCACAGAGUACUCGACUAACUAUGGUCAAGAGGGGUACACCCCUCGCCCCGGCAAACACCAUGGGACGGGGUACAAAUCAAAUUUUCGACCUGGUGUAUAUUACAGCAGACGCUUGGAUGAACUUGAUAAUCCAUCGAUGGGGUGAGUAAAGCUGGUUUUCCACCAUGAGAAUUCCUUUGCAGGAUUAGCAAAUUUUUCCUCUGUCGGCAUCGAUUUUGCUGACAUGAUUAACAGCCCUUAUUGAGUCAUCGUUCAUAGGACAUUUGUUCAUCGGUUGAAACUUGAUGUUUAUUGGAUGAAAGUUGACGUUACUAGGGGCGAACUUCAUUGUUGUGAUAACCCAUUGAGUCGUAUUGCACCCUAGCUGACAUGCCCUAUUUUAUUAUUUUACUCUGUCCAAUGCCAGAUGAUUUUACUUGUCAAGUGGAGAGCACUGGCACUUAAUGGGUUAAUUAUACUGGCCUAAUUUAUCAGCCCAUGUGUCAAGUUAACAAAUUGAGUUGCAUUGCGCCCUACUUUAUUAUGUUACUCUGUCUAACACCAGACAAUUUUACUCGUCAAAGGGAGAGCGCUUGCGCUUAAUGAGUUAAGGUAAAACUUUCUCUACCGUAGAGACUCUACCAAAUGAGAGUGUGAGGUUGUUUAUGUUGGAUGUUCAUGAAAUUUUGUAUUUUAUUCUCAACAGACGGCUAGUCGCAGAUAACUAUACAUCUCUAACGAAAAAGCAUUUUCUGCCAGUUUGUGGGUCGAAUGGUAACGAUCCAUUUGCCAGAGAGAUGGUGAUGCGUUCAUCUGGAUUUAUAAAGGAAAUACCAGUAACAAUUCCGAGAUCACAUGAGGUAUGUGGUGAUUGUGGUGGCUUAAAGUGAUAGUGGUGGUGUGAUGAUGAUGACUGCAAUGCUGACAACGCUGAUGAUGGUGGUAUAAUGGUGGUGGUGGUACCGGUAAUAAUGGUGCUGGUGAUGAUGGUGGUGAUGAUGAUGAUGGUGAUGAUGAUGAUGAGGUGAUGAUGAUGAUGAUGGUGAUGAUGAUGGUGAUGAUGAUGAUGAGGUGAUGAUGAUGAUGAUGGUGAUGAUGAUGGUGAUGAUGAUGAUGAUGAUGAUGGUGAUGAUGAUGAUGGUGGUGAUGAUGAUGAUGGUGAUGAUGAUGAUGAUGAUGGUGAUGAUGAUGAUGAUGAUGAUGAUGAUGAUGGUGAUGAUGAUGAUGAUGAUGGUGAUGAUGAUGGUGAUGAUGAUGAUGGUGAUGAUGAUGAUGGUGAUGAUGAUGGUGAUGAUGAUGGUGAUGAUGAUGGUGAUGAUGAUGAUGAGGUGAUGAUGGUGAUGAUGAUGAUGAUGCUGAUGAUGGUGGUGGUGUGGUGAUGAUGGUAGUGAUGAUGAUGAUGAAAAUGCUGAUGAUGAUGGUGGUGAUGAUGAUGAUGACAGUGGUGAUAGUGGUGUGAUGACAAUGAUAAUAAUGUUGGUGAUGAAGGUGGUGGUAGUGACAAUGAUGGUGAUGACAGAUGAUGGUGGUGGUGUGGUAAUAUUGAUGGUAGUGUUGGGUGAUGAUGAUAGUCAGAUGAUGGUUAUUUUUUCAGGUUUCCAGUGUAUUUGUUGAUAAAGCAAGAUGGGGAACGGUUUAUCCCAAGGAAGUUCCAUACCUGCAGAGAAUUCAGCCAAAAGAUCCGAUAUCACUCGAGACCUUAGGACAUGUAAGAACACCUACAACUUUCUGUUAUUUGGCUACCAAUCAUCUGCAAAUUAGAGGGGUGCGGUUUCCAUGGGGUGGUGCAUGAGGGAGCCUUACUGUCCACUCUCCUCUGCAGUCUGCAACGCUACUAUCCCAACAUUACCAUUAUUUGAGAUGGCCGAAUCUGCAUGUUCGACGUUCUGUUACGUUUUACAUUAUCUUUUGUUUAUAAAGUUUAUAUCAGCUUUUUAUCACGUAUGCGUGACUGGACAGUUGCUGCAGCACAGUACAGUAAAUUUGCUUGUUAAAGUACAGUAUAUUCGAAAAUAUGGGUGCAUAACAACCAUAUUUAACCAUGAUAUUUAACUAAAACAUUCUGAGUAUUUUCUCGUGAGCUGAUCAAUUUUAUCGUUUCAAGAAAUCGACACGCGCUAACAGUAGAAGUCCCGCUAAUUCGAAAAGCAGAAAAUGUAUGGUCAAGCAGAUUUUCUUAGGGUGAUGCAACCUAGUGAUGGGCGAUACCGAGUACUCGGUAUUCGAUACCAGCGAUACCACAAACAGCGGUAUCGGUAUCGAUUACUGACGUG